AUGGCCGACAACGCCCCUCCAACCACCUCCUCGUCCCAGCCCGCUGCCGGCAUGCCUGGCCAGCAGCAGCAGCAGCAGCAGCAGCAACAGCAGCAGCACCAGACGCCCAAUGGUUUAAACUACGGCUUUGUGGAAUACGACGACCCCGGUGCGGCAGAACGUGCAAUGCAGACCCUCAACGGCCGUCGCGUGCACCAGUCAGAAAUCCGUGUCAACUGGGCAUACCAAUCCAACAACAACAACAAGGAGGACACCUCCAACCACUUCCACAUCUUCGUCGGCGACCUGAGCAACGAAGUCAACGACGAGGUCCUGCUGCAGGCCUUCUCCGCCUUUGGCUCCGUCUCCGAGGCCCGCGUCAUGUGGGACAUGAAGACCGGCCGCUCGCGUGGCUACGGCUUCGUCGCCUUUCGCGAGCGUGCCGACGCUGAAAAGGCCCUGAGCUCCAUGGACGGCGAGUGGCUGGGCUCCCGCGCCAUCCGCUGCAACUGGGCCAACCAAAAGGGCCAGCCCUCCAUCUCGCAGCAGCAGGCCAUGGCCGCCAUGGGCAUGACCCCCACCACCCCCUUUGGCCAUCACCACUUCCCCACCCACGGCGUCCAGAGCUACGACAUGGUCGUCCAGCAGACCCCCCAGUGGCAGACGACAACUUUGGCUUUGUCAUUGAAAACCCGCUUCCAGGCUGACCGCGGCUUUGCCUUUGUCAAGAUGGACACCCACGAGAAUGCCGCCAUGGCCAUCUGCCAGCUCAAUGGCUACAACGUCAACGGUCGUCCGCUCAAGUGCAGCUGGGGGAAAGAUCGCCCUCCAACCGGCCAGUUUGAUUACUCUCCUCAGCAAGGCGCUAGUCCAGCCUUUACUUCCGGUACCUCCCCAUACUUCCCCCAAUACAGUGGUCCUGGUGGCCCCAUGACCCCGCAAGGCCCCAACUCCGCCGGUCGUGGCUGGGAUCAGUCCGGUGGCAACUUUGGUCCUGGAAUGCCCGGCCAGGGUUACGGUCAAGUCCCUGGAGGUGCCGCUGGCUACGGCCGUGGUCAGAACAACCCCAAUCCCGGCUGGGCUCAACCCAAUGCGGGCAAUUUUGGCAACGGCUUUGGUGGCUACCAAGCUUAA